UUAACUUGCGUCUGUGUCUCGUCUGUUUAAGUUCUCUUUUUCCCUCAGUUGGAUACCUCAGAGCGAUCAGAGAUAAAUGAGGAGUCAAUGCAUUCAGCUCUAAAGGCUCUCUAAGUGAAUUUCAAAAUGAUGCAUCAAAGAAGACUUGCUCAACUGGCCGUUUUUUUCCUGGUCAUGGGUAUCACCAUGGCAUGGUCACAGAAACAAAACGUCUCCAAAAGCAAACCAGAUUCCGACAAUAAAGCAAACCCGAAGGAAGUGGAGGCUUCUGAAAAAGUUGAUGAAUCAUCACUUAGGUCCCAUUACACAGGAUUCCCUGAAUCCGAACAUUACCACCAUCAUGAAGAUAGUCAAUACAGUCCUCAUAGUGGCAAAGAAGGAGAGGAAUUCAUAGAUAGCGAAGACCACGAGGAACAUCAGGACGAAGAAUUGCAGGAAGGUCAUCACAAAACAGAUAAGAAGAUUGAGGAAGAUGAUACGAAAGAAUACAAGGAAAGUGGAGCCCAUCAAGAGUUUGAACAAGGUGGAGCCUCUUUUGAUAAACAUUUGAAGGACGUUAAAACAGACAACAAGGAAUUAGAAAACAUAAAACAGCAUGACGCUGCUGAAAAAUUUGGAAGCGAGGCUGUCAAAGAGCACAAACUUGGGAAGCAUCGCGAAAAAAGCAAAGGUCAUAAAUCUCAUGGAUUCAAAAAUGUAUAUCACAAAGAAGAAUAUGGAGACCAUAAAACUUUCCAUGACGAAUAUUUGGAUAACGAUCAUCACCAUGACUAUGAUGAUCAUCAUGAACACAAAGAAAUGAAAGGAGGUAAAUUUUCUAAAGGAUUCAAGCAUGAAGGAAAAAACAAGAAAUACGAUAAGGGAGAUGAAGUACACAAAUGGGGAAAAUCAGGUCAUGACGGACACCAUUCAGGCAGUCAUCAUAAAGAUGCGCAUUUAGCAAGGCAUCGCCACGGAAAUAAACAGCAUGAAGGACAUCAUCAUGCCCAAAUUCAUAAUAAUAAGAAUGCUGUUCACAAAAUAAAGAAAGGAAAUCCUCCCCUGUAUGUCUCACAUAGUGGACCUCAUCAAGCUCAAUAUUAUAAUCACCAACGCAGUGCCCAGGUUCAACCCUAUGUUAGUGCACCUAUUCAACAUCAAGUGCAAAUUCCUCAUCAAGUUCAAGUUUCGCAUCAACAGCAUAUACGAAAUCCUCAUCAGCAAGUACAAACUGUCCAUCAACAACGCAUACCUUCUCCCCAACAACAACGAAUACCUGUCCCCCAUCCCCAUCAGCAUCAUAUACACACAACCCAUUUGCAUCAAGCACAUGUCCCUCAGCAACACUCUUUACAUGUUCCGCGUCAACAUUCCUUACAUGUUCCUCGCCAUCAUUCAUUACAUUUCCCCCGACAACAUUCAUUACUUUUUCCAAACCAGCACACAGUGCAUGCUCCUCAGCACCACCUUGGGCAAGUUCACCAACAUCGACUACAUUUUCCUCAACAACAACAACUUCCCUUUCAUCAGCCAUUUCAACAAAACCCUGUUGCAACACAUCAGGAUGUAAGUUAUCCCAGUCAUGGUGGACAUCAAGAAUAUAAAGCUGCAGACCCCAAUACUUACAAAGAAAAAGAUUACCAGCACAGACAUUCUUAUAGCGAACAACUAGAAGAUGUCAGUGAAGAUGAGUUGGAAAAUAAACAGGCUCGUGAACCUGCUGACCAUAAAGAUGACGUGCAUUACAGACAAUCAGACUAUGGUGAACAAGAGGAAAAACAUUCUUCAGAUGAAAUAUUUUCAGACAGACAACACGUUCAUUAUGAUGACGAAACUAAAAAUUCUCGUCAUGAUCAUGAACCUUCAAUAAGUCGUAGAAAGUUUAAUCCACAACAGAAAAAACGAAAUCACGAAGGUCAUAAGAAACAUCAUCGCCAUUCAACAAGCCAUUUCGAAGAAAGUAAUGCUAAAUCUGAAACUCCUGAGAAAGAAUCAGAACAUUUUAGGAAAGAAUUCAAAGGCAUUGAUGACAAGAGUUUGCACAAAUUCUAUAGUUAGAUGCUAAUACUUCUAAAAUAUUAUUAGCUAAAAAUUCCGAAAAUGAAGACCAAUGGUACAUUUUUUAAAAACUUUCAAUCCCAACAAUUUUGUUAGUAACUAUGCAUAACAGGUAAUGGUUCCUUUGGUAUAAACACAUAGUUUCUUCAAUAAGAUGCAUGUAAUAAGCAAGAGAAAGUUACAGAUGCAUUUCAAAACGUCAAAGGGACUCAUCAAUAAUGGCAAAAGGAAAAGGUAAACACAAAAAUGUAUGCAAAAGAAAAAACAACAACUAUACGUCAAAGUGCAUAAUAGUUAACUAAUUUCUCGUUAAGUCAUCGUAUAGUGGAGAAGAUAAAAACAACUAGAACAGUGAAACUUUCAGUUGCUUCUGGUUUUCGUGAUAAAGGAAAAAUAAACCACGUAGAAGAAAACGGCGUUUAUUUAAACGUGAUUUACUUUAUUUAAUUACAAUUUAUGUGAAACAUUUCAGUGUGUUAUCAAAUAUGUUUAAUCCAUAAUAGCAUCUAUACAUUUUAUACUUUAAAGCAAUUUUUAUGUUCGCUUAUUCACACAGGACUGAAUGAUAACAGAUUAUCAAGUAAACUGAGGGAGUUUAAGGGAACAUAGAUUUGAAAAUAUUUAGAAUUAUAAGCUAGCUGAAACAUUUUUGGUUUAAAAUGAUCUUAAUAAUAAAAUAACACCUAUUUGUGGUACUUAAAAUUUAAGCCAGUAUCUGAACACUUAUAUGCACAUAACAUUAUGUUUGUACGUUUGUAUAUAUGAAUUAAUGUACAGUUAUGUUUAUAACGGUGCUCCUAAAAAGUACUCUGUUAUAGAGAAUUGGGCUUUAUUGUUACGCAGGCAAUUUUGCUUUGUCUUAGUGUUUUUUAAUUACAUUAUUUUUUGAUUAACUAUAUAUAUAUUUAACUUUUAUACUGAUGGAUUUCGACAAACAUCAUCGAACAUUGCCAUAUCAUUCUAAUGUAAAAAUAUAAUGCAUCACUAAUGCACCUAUGAUGUAAUGUAGACAUACAUUUGUUUCAAUAAAAUCUAAUAAAAUGUG